GUUGUCCUUUACGUCAUGUGACAUUCAUUGCAAACCAAAACAAAAAAAUCAGAACUUUUUGUCUUUCACUCUGAACCAAUCCAAAAAAAUGUGAUUAGAUGAUUAGAUGGAGUAAAGCUAAAGAAUUGAUUCGGAUCUUAAAUCAUAAACUAUUAUAUAUAUAAUGGUGAAGUUACGUACAUCUUCGGAUCUGAAGUGUAUCAAGACAAUAUAAAUGAAUCGUGAAAAAUGCUGAAAGUGCCGGAGCACCAGGUGGCGGGUCACAUGGCGAAGAACGGCAUUCUGGGUCCGCUGGUGGACGAUUCUGGAAAGUUCUACAAGCCACUGCAGGACAACGACAGGGGCGCCGCCGAGCUCUCCUUCUACACCACCCUCGCCGUCCCCGCCUCCAUCCGCCCCUUCUUCCCGGCAUUCCACGGCACCGCCGUCGUCCCCGCCUCCGACGGCUCCGGCCCCCACACCCACCUCCUCCUCCAGGACCUCAUCGCGCCCUACACCAAACCCUCCGUCAUGGACGUCAAAAUCGGCUCCCGAACAUGGCACCUCGAUCACUCCGAAGACUACAUCGCUAAAUGUCUCAAAAAAGACAGAACCACCUCCACCGUCCCCCUCGGCUUCCGAAUCACCGGCGUCAAGGACUCCCUCUCCUCCUGGGAACCGUCCAGAACCUUCCUACAGACCCUCUCCGCCGAGGGCGUCGCCGUGGUCCUCCGCAAAUUCGUCUCCUCCUCCAACUCCGACGAUUCCCGUUCCGACCCUGAUUGCGACUUUGCGGCGGAGGUUUUGGGCGCCGUCUUGGAGCGGCUGGUGGAGCUGAAGGCGUGGUUUGAGGUUCAGACUCUGUAUCAUUUCUAUUCGUGUUCUGUUCUGGUGGUGUAUGAGAAGGAGAAGGGGAACACCAAGCCUUUGGUCAAACUCGUUGACUUUGCUCAUGUAGUUUCAGGGAAUGGUGUGAUUGAUCAUAACUUCUUGGGUGGCCUCUGUUCCUUCAUCAACUUCAUCAGGGACAUCCUUCAAGCUCUUCCUCACUGAGUCCUGAUUUCUUUUUCUCUGUUUUUCUCACACUCUUGUUCAAAAAUAUUAUCAGAUAAUAAUGACUCAUUUGACUCCUUCUGUCAUCAUCA